AGGCGCAGCGCGCUUCUGGUCGGUUGGUCGGUUACUUCAGUUGGUGUUGUGACUUUGGAUCGGGCGAAAGUAGAAGUAGAGCUACGCUCGCAUAGUCGCGAUGCCGAACUCAGGAUGUGUGCCUUUAGAUGACGGAAUGGAGAAACCAGCAGCUAAAAAGCUGGAUUCUCCUGGUGCUAAGUCGGUUUGGAGUGGAGUGGACAGUGACCAGGACCUGGUGUCAGUGGUUGGAACUAGAAACAGGGUCAGAAGUGGAGCUUCCAAAAGCAGACUGAAAGUUUACAUUGGCAUUUUAAUUUUAAUAACUCUAGGACUUUUAACAGCGUGUGCCUUCCUAUUAUAUAGUUAUAUUGAAAAUAUGUUAUCGCCAAAAGAUAUUUGUGUAACAGCAGAAUGCAUUACAGCAGCCGCAAUGAUACUGAACUCUAUGGAUCCUUCUGCCAAUCCUUGCGAUGACUUUUACCAAUUCGCUUGUGGUAAUUUUGACAAGGAGCAUCCGAUUCCGGAGACAGACUUCAAUGAAGACUGGUUCACAAACAGGAAUCAUUUUUCAAUCAGAACAGUUAGAGAAUAUUUAGAGCAAAAUGACACUGAUGAUGAACCCAGGCCUGUCCACCAAGCUAGAAUUAUGUUCAGAGCGUGUAAAGAUAUUGAUUCUUUGCAGAAGGUGUCGCUAAGUCCGAUGAUGAGGUUCCUGGAGCACCUAGGUUUGCCGCGCAAGCCUCCCCUCGGUGCAGGCGAUGCUACCAUCUCCUGGCAGGAGGCUGUAGCUCACAUCAAGCGACACAUUGACAAGGACAUCUUUAUUGGCUUCGACGUUAUGGCAGACCCUGUUAACAACACUGUGAAUAGAAUAUCUGUAGGGAUGCCUUCGGACAGCAGUCCACUGCCUAGUCAUAACGAACACAGCAAAAUAAAACGUCCUCCACUCCGUAGACUUCUAGCUAGGGGCGGAGCUCGAGGCAAAAUAGCUUGGAAAGACUACAUAGUCAAAACUUUGAAUUAUAUCUUGGAGUACAACAAUCAAUCUUCUAAAGCUCUCAACUCUACUGUUCAAGAGGCUGCUAAGAAGAUAAUAGAUUUUGAAGCCAAACUUAUUAAUCUGAAGGAGAAUUUCACUUCAACUGAUCCAACACGAGAUGAUCUGCCUAAGAACAUGUGGGUGACAGAACUUCAGAAGAUUACUGACAAGGCUGUUACAACUUCACAAAUAAACUGGAGGAAAUACAUUGAGGUGUUGUUUGAAGGAAUUGAUGAACUGGAUGUUAACCUGGACGAUUACGACAAGUUGGCAGUUUAUAGCGUCGACUACCUGAAGGCGUUGAUGAAACUUCUCGCAAAAACUCCUCCUUCUACAAUAUUUUUGACGGUGUGGUGGGAGGUCGUGUUCGAACUCGCUCCUCACACUACCAACUAUAUGAGGGAUCUUCGGACAGACUUUGAGGAAAAAACUAUCGGAGAAGUAGCUCCAGCUUCUAGACCAACGCAUUGUGCCUACGUUGUCUACAAACUGUUAGACGUGGCAGUAGGAACAGCCAAAACCACCGAGUCUUUCCUUUACAUGACCAAACCAAAGGUAAACAAAAUGAUUGACGACAUUCAAGACUCCUUCAUCAAAUCAGUGGAUAAAACUUCGUGGAUUGACAAGACGACAAAGAUAGAGAUAAAGGAAAAAGUCGGUCACAUCCGGAGAAGAAUCGGCUUCCCUGAGUGGAUGUUAGACAAAGAAGAAGUGGAGGAUUACUAUGACACUUUGGAGAUGUACGAGAAGACACAUCUAGAGAAUGUUUUGACAUUUCUCGGCCGCUCGGUUUACAGCUCAUUCAGCACACUACACACGUACAACAUGAACAAUAAUACUGGUUUCAACCCGCUGGAAGUUAACGCUGCUUACAGUGUACAAGACAACAUGAUAUUUGUGCCUUUGGGGAUGAUACAGUUCCCUUUUUACCAUUUAGGAAUCGAUGCUCUCAACUAUGGAGCGAUUGGUUCAAUCUUAGGACAUGAACUGGUUCACGCUUUGGAUACAGAUGGAAGGAGGUAUGACAGGUACGGCAACUAUCGUAGCUGGUGGACCAAUGACUCAAUCAGCGCUUUCAACCAGAAAGUUUCAUGUCUCGUAGACAAAUACAGCAACUACUACAUUGAAGAAGUCGAUGAAUGGGUUGAUGGUAAUCUGACUCUCGGUGAGAAUAUAGCAGACAACGGAGGUCUACGUGCUGCACUCUGGGGCUAUCACAAGCGAGUCUCACGUCAGGGGUCGGAACCCAGACUGCCGGGACUGCAACAAUACAACCACGACCAGCUGUUCUAUCUCGCUUUUGCUAACAUUUGGUGUGAGAACUGGUCCAAGCAAGCUAUGCGGUGGACACUAGAGGGAGAACAUGCACCCAACUAUGUCCGGGUCAUGGGCACACUGUCCAACUCUCCAGAGUUUGGCCGAACGUGGAAAUGUCCGGCGAACUCCGAGAUGAAUCCACAACACAAGUGCCAUGUGUGGUGAAAUACUUGUUAGAUUAGUUUACAUUUUGUGUUCUCCGCUGUCAAACCUGUUCCAGGCUUAAGGUUUGCAGGGGAUUUAAUUGAUUCAUUUUCAUUGAAAUAGCAGUUGUACAAGGGUCCUUUGUUAGGUAAGGGCUGUUAGGCUUCUUAGUUUGUAUAUGCCAAAAUGAGGCUCCUCGCUAAUUGGUAUCAUUUGUGAACAGAACAGUGCCAUUUGCAGCUCUGAAGCCAACGUGUAACAUUUUAAGUGUAUCUAGGAAGAGUUUUGAAGUACAUAUUGAAUCUCCCCCCACAUAUGACAUAAGGUCGAUAUGUUUUUUGGCUGCAAGAAACAUCAGCUGCAGACAUUCAUUGCUACAGAUGACUGAAGUUUAUGGCCUGAGUGAGGAUAAAGUGCAGAAGUUCGUUUGGGGAGUUUGAACAUGGCAGUGCAAAAAUGUCCAUUUUGAAAGAAAUUGUGUUUUGGUUGGGUAGCAGGAAUUAUCAAAAAAGGUUUUCACAGCCAUUUGUACACUUUACACUUACUCAUCGCAUUAUAACCUUCCAUCAUCUGGCGAUAAAUUCCGGCAUCGGAUGUUUCCUGUGGUAAAGAAACGUAUCACUGAGUCCUGACCUUAUUCUGCAUGCCGCAAAGAUUCGAUAAUUGAAAUAAAAACUGUCUUGAGAAACACACAGAAAAGCAUCAGUUACAGAUCUGCAGUUGGUGCCAUUCGGUUCACCAAUAUGCCAGUAAACGUUGAUCGAGCUGCCUUGUUACGGCAUGAAUGCAAACUACAGAGCUAUACACAAAAACGGCCCUUAUUUAAAAAAAGCCCCUCGUAAGUUACCUCCUUUGUUGAAUAUAUUUUUAUUAAUACAUUUCAGAUACAUUUAGGAACAGGAGGUAUAUCAUGUCAACCAUGUCUGUCAGCCUUACUUCAGCAGUGAUGAUUAGGAGCAAUAUUUUUUGCUUUGGGUAGAAAGUGAAGUAGUUGGAUUUUUGCAAGCCAAAUUUGGUACUAACUUCAUAGGUAAAAAAAAAACUCAGUGUAGUCAAGUUAUCAAGUUAAUAAAAAUUUAAUGAUUUAUCCUACGUUGAUGAAUGUGCUACAUAAAAAAUCUUAUCUCUGUAAAUAUAUUAAUCUAGCAAUAAUCAAUUGAAUAAUUAUGUGUCAUUUAUUUCAAGGGUUGAUAAAACAAAGUUAAUUUAAAUAUAGGUUAAAAUAAACUGUUAACUAUUGUAAUGAGUUUGUGUACUGUACAUAGUUGUUUGUAAGCUAAAAUAAUGCUAUGCACCUAGUUAUUUUUUGUUGGUAAGAUUAACCAAAUUAUCUGCAACUUAAACCUAUUUCAUGCAUUUUAGGAUAAUAUCUAUAAGUGAUUUUUAACACAUUCGCUACCGAGGAGACAGUACAUACCGAAGGGUGCGACAACCGGUAGAGAACCUGUUAAAUUUAUUUGGUACUUAAUUUUUAAAGCAUACUAAAUAACACUACAUAAUUUUUUAAUGCCUUAAAGUAUUUAGAUAAUUAUAGUAUGAUAGGUACUGUUGUUAAUUUUAUUCCUGUGUUAACAAUGAAAACAGCAGGGUACAAUUAUUUGAAAUCUAUAUUCUAAUCAUACAGUUUCAGGCUAUUUUAUGUGAAAACUAGUAUCUUAUAAAAAAAAAAAUACAUAAUUUCAAGUUUAAUUUAUUUUGUUUUAGCGAAUUUCCCUAUAGGGAAGUAGCUAUUACCGUAGGUCUCAUGGUAAGACUUAGGUCCGGGACCGAUUUACUUUUUCAUUUUAAUGUCCCCAGAGGCCAAAAACACCAUUCGUUCAAAUUUUUAUAUAUGUAUAUAUAUAUAUAUAGGUAUAUAUAUAGAUUUAUAUAUAUAUAUAUGUGUCCGUGAACACGAUAACUUGAGUAAUUUUUAUCCGAUUUUGAUGAAAUUUGGUUUGAAGGUGUAAGGCGGGAUAAACUUGAAUGAGUUCGCGAUCCAGCAUGAUCGGACCAUGGGAACAGGGUUUUAUGGGGGGUUUUAUGGGGUAAAAAUUGGUUUUUCUCACUUCUUACCCUCAAAACACAAAAUUUCCCAAUUUUUCUCUAAACCUUCUUAAAGAGCUUAAAAAAACAAACAAUUCAGUAUAUCAAAGUGUUUUUGUACGGUUAUUGGUUACGGAGAAAACUAAAAAAAUGGUAAAUUUAAAAUUCCCGUGUUAUUCUUAUGGAGAAUAUUGUAAAAUGUUGUAGAUUGCUUGUUUAUGGAUAUAUUUUGAUCAAACUUGGAAAAUUUAUUUAUUUUAUAGUAAGCUAUCAAUAUUUUACUAAAAACACACUACUUUAUUAGUUUCCUAGUAGCAGCAAACCUAGGUACUCGUUAAACCUAAUGUUAUUUAAAUAGAUCAAUUUAAAAAUCAAUUCGGCCAAAUGGAAAUUCGCUUAGACGGCAGGUUUGCUGCGGCGGGGGUAUUUUCUCUAGAAACUGUUUAACCUCUUACAGAAUGUGUUACAGUUAACUUAUGGGUGAUUUUAUUUGUUAUUUGUUAUAAUAACUUACCCCACUUCCUAGCAAACAAAAGUUUUGAUAUUUUUGGCUACAAGAAUACUAGUACUGAUUUGUAUAGUGCCUAGAUAAGUUUCUCUUCAAUCCUACAUGAUUAAUUAGAUUUGAUCUAAAAAAUCAUUUAUAAACUGUAGGUAUUGAAUAAGGUGUUUAAAAUAUGUUAAGUACCGGUAGUCUACUAUUAAUUUAUUUUAAUUCACCGCUGAUUAGUCCCUUGUUUGUAAUAUUAUUAGAUAACUAAUAAGACACUUUUCUGUUAAAUGGCAUUCUAGUCCAUUGACUUGUGAUACAAACUGUGAUGUCUCUGUAAGAAUCUAAUUGUAAUCAAUGAAUUAUAUCUUCUA